CGUGCCGUUACCAUGGGGACCGGCCCGCGAGGCGGCUGCGGCGGUUGCGGCCGUUGGGCGCGAGCUGCUCGCGCGCAGCCAUGCGGCGGGCGGGCGGCAGCGCCGAGCUGAGGCGGCAACAGGAACGGGCGCUGCGCGGCACCAUGCGCGUCGUGCGGGAGCUGGGGCCCACCGCCUUCCUUCUGCAGGAAGACGGCCGCCGCGGGCCGCCGCUGCGGGUGCUGCUGGGAGCGCCGCAUUCCUGCACCUGCGCCGCCUUCCGCGCGGGAACGGGCCUCUGCGCGCACCUCUGCUGGAUAUUGCUGAAAAAGUAUCGAUUACCAAGAGAUCACGAAUAUGCUUCUAAAUUGGGUCUUCUGGAAAGAGAAAUUGAGGAUGUGCUUCAGCGAUUGCAUCAAGAACGAACACAGAAUCCAGAGGAAACUCUCUUCUCACAAACAUUACACCAGGAGAGCGAUAGAUGCAUUGAUCAGAAAGAAAUUGAUGAAGAGGAUGUUUGUCCCAUUUGUCAGGAGGAGUUAUUAAAGAAAAUGCUUCCCAUCACUUACUGCAGAUACAGCUGUGGUAACAAUGUUCACAUAAAAUGUAUGAAAAUUUGGGCUGACUACCAAGAUGAACUGGAAAAUGACUCUGUAGUGAAGUGUCCACUUUGCAGAGAAAAGUUUGCACCUCUAAAGAUCAUUCUAGAAGAAUUUAGAAACUCUAAUCAACUUGUGACUGCAACAGAGAAAACCAGACUGGAUAGGCACCUUGGAAUCCCGUGUAAUAACUGCAAAGUAUUUCCAAUUGUAGGAAAGUGCUACAAGUGCACUGAGUGUGUUGAGUAUCAUCUAUGUCAUGAAUGUUUCACUGGCUUUUGCCAUUCUCCACAUGUUUUUAUUUUUAGACAGAAGAGAAAUAAGAAAUGGAGAACUCUUCAACAGCUUUCAGAAUUAUCAGCCCAAAGAGGAACAUUUAAAAGCUCUAACCCAGAAAAUAAUUCUAGAGAAGAGAUAUUCUGUCCCCAGGAGAAGACUAGUUGUACACCAAAGAACAUCGUAAAAUCUUUACCCGUAAUUUUAAUUAGCAAACACAGUAAUUUACUUGCCCCAGGUAUGCAGUGUAGACUUUGUCUGAAGAGCUUUCAACUCAGUCAGCAUGUAAGACUCCUACCAUGUAAUCACAAGUUUCAUAGGGAAUGCAUUGACAGUUGGCUACUGCAGCAAAGAAACACGUGUCCUAUUGAUGAAUAUGUUGUAUACAAUCCUCUGACUUGGAAGGAUACGCCAGCCAAACAGGGAAACUACCCAACAGGCUGUCACCCAGAUCUGAGCCAACCUGCAAAGCAAGUGGAACCAGAAAUGUGUGUAUCUGGAAGUGGAUUAUUUCUCAAGCAAAUACCAUCUAAAAAUGCAUCAGAAAGUUCUCAAAGUAGCUUCAGAAAACUUUCUAACAAAGAUAUGCCAAAGUCCCAAAAGGAUUUAAGAUUUUUUAGCAACCUCCAUUUAGAAGAAUCUGAUCGGAACAGCAGUAGAAAUCCAAGUUGUUUUUCCAGGCAUCGUACGGAUUACACUCUAAGCUCUUUUGAAACAGCAUUUUCUGGUGAGGCCAGUACCAUUAGAAAGGAUGACAUUCAUAGUGCUUUGAGAAACCAGCAUCAGUUUGACUGUGGCAAAACAAACAAAGCAGUUACUUUUAAAAAAGAUGGCAGUAGUAAUUCCACAAUUCUAAGAUAUCCCAGGGAGCUGAAUUUUGAAAUCAAUUUGUGCACACCAAGCCAUUCCUCAAAAAAGGAUAAUAAGCAUGUAGGAAACACCAGUCAUCAACAGAGGCUCCUAACAAGACCACAGCUUAAAUGUAAUCAUCUGAACUUUAAAACAAGAAAAAUAGAUUUGUUAUUGGAAGGAAUUACACUGCAUACCAGCUCAUGAUUGUCUCAUUUUAGAUAACAUAGUUAUAUUCUUAUUUUUAUACUCCACACACAAGAAUUCUUCAAGACCGAAAAACAAAUAAGUGAAUAAUCAGAUGUCAUCAACUCUUAAGUACUACAGAAAUUAACUCUGUGCUGAUCAAUACUGUGAGAAAUGUUCAUAUUACAUCUUCUUGAAUAAACAGAGGAACUGA